AACGUGGUCAAGACACAGAAGCAGUGACUAGGUCCUAGACUAGGUCAUUGCACGGAAGUCGGUUCGUUCCGUUCGUUCCGUCGAUACUCGAUAGUCGCGAUUGAAAUAAGUCAGUCCCCUCCUGCAGGCAUUUCGCAUACAUUCGCUUCCACUCAUACUCGACUUAACAUUCCAAGGGCCGACUACACCUACUGUCUCUUCGAGACUGUUCCUUGGUAAGUGUGACCGCCUGCUGCAAGUAUUUUGCAUAGUAUCUCGCGAGACACGACAUUACAGCAAACGUCAUUAUGUACGCCUGCAGCCGAUUCAUCGCGCCCGUCGCCAAAUCCACCUUGGUCUCUAGCACCAAAACCUAUCUACGGCCACUGAGCAGUGCCGUGAUCAGCCAUAGUCAGUACUUACAGCAGAAUCAAUUUCAAACGCCCGUCAGUUUGUCACCUAUUGUACGUAGCUUCCAAACUUCCACAGUCAGUCGUGAUAUCGAUUCUGCUGCGAAAUUUAUUGGCGCUGGUGCUGCUACUGUGGGAGUAGCAGGAUCUGGUGCUGGUAUUGGAUCUGUAUUCGGUUCGCUAAUCAUCGGUUAUGCCAGGAAUCCUUCCUUGAAGCAACAAUUGUUCUCGUACGCCAUCUUGGGAUUUGCCUUAUCCGAGGCCAUGGGUCUAUUUUGUCUUAUGAUGGCUUUCUUGCUCCUAUUCGCUUUCUAAGCCACGAUAUCUCCACAUAAGAUACUUCUGAUAUAGUUUUAGUGCGUCACUGCCAAGACAGCGUCGCCUGGCUUCAUGGAAAGACGGCGAUUGUCUGGUUGCGCGGGAUGCCAUGAAAUCAUUAGAGAAGCUCAGAUUUUUCAUGGUUCGAUGGGGUGCAACGGCGCGACAAUGAAUGAGAAAUAAUAAAAAAAUUAAUACAUCAUUGUGCGGACUGUCCUUAGCCCCGUCCAAGACUUCAGCUUGUUCAUAAUUAUUUCAUGGCCUACUGUCUCAUGUAGCGUAUAACUCACAUUAUUAUGAAAUAAUGGAUUUCAGUGUAACGAAUGAAUAAGACAUUGAAAAUUGAACAAAAAAAGAAAGCGACAGCUUCACCCGCAUACCCAUACACGCACGUACAUACUCUGUUAGAGUGUCCUAUGUGACAUAGUACAUUUUUUGAUGAUCUUUUUGUUAUCUAAAGGAUUCAUCAUUGUUGUGCCGCCGUGUACGCACGUUUAUUGAAGUUAUUCUUAAUGAAAAAAGAAAGAAAAAUUGUACAGUAACGAAUAAACAUCUUUGUCGUGAAA